UCCGGCUGCAUCGGAGGAGGAGGAGGAGGCGGCUGCUUGCGCUCGCCCUCCCUCCUUCCCUCCAUCCAUCCCUCCAUCCUUCCCUGCAUCCCUCCCCCUUGCCUUCGCCACGCACAGCCCCCCCUGAGCCCCCAGCGCCCCGGGGAACCCAUCGUCCCCAGGGUGCCCAGCAGCGCUCCAUCCACCCCACCGGGGCCUUCAGCCUCUGCUCCUUUCCUCCUCCUCCUCCUCCCGCAGCCACCACCCUCCUCCCUCCCUCGCUCCCUCCCCAGGGCCUGGCUGCCAUGGAGGUGCGGGCCGCGGGGAGCCGGAUGCUUCGUGCGGCUGCUGCCGCCCCCCCGAGCCGCAGCCCCCCUGCCCCGCAGCCCUCCCACCCCACAAAGCCCUGAGCCGCCCGGCAGCCGCCUCCUUUGUGCUCACCGGUGCGGGUGUGCCCCGCUUCGUGUGUCCCCCCCCGCCCCCCAAACCCGUUCGCCCCCCUUUCCCUCCGGUUCGGCGGUGAGGAAGCGGGAGCGAUGCUGCCCUCGCCCACCGAGCCAGCAGCGGGAGGUCGGCGGCCAGAAGCAGUGCCUGGCACCAGCCGAUGCUGACACCCCCCAGAACUUCUGGACCCCCAGUUUCCACCCCAGGGCUCUCACCCCGCCAUGCCCCAGCAGAGCUGCAGCCCCGCUGCCCGGGGCUCCCCAGCCCAUCCCCCGUGCCUCCAGCCCGUGCCUGCCGUGCCAUGAGCAGGGCCGUGCGGUUCCCCUGCGCCGGGGCAGAGAGCUGAGGGAUGGCCUCGCUGGACCUGCCCUACCGCUGCCCGCGGUGCGGGGAGCACAAGCGCUUCCGCAGCCUCUCCUCGCUGCGGGCGCACCUGGAGUACAACCACACCUAUGAGACCCUCUACGUCCUCUCCAAGACCAACAGCAUCUGCGACGCCGCCGUCUUCCCCCUGGCCGCCGACGGCGCCCUGCUGACGCCGGCCGCCCGGAGGGACUACUUUGAGAGCACCUCCUUCCAAGGCAAGGACCAGCGCUUCUCCUGCGACCUCGUCCCCGCCGAGGAGCUGGAGCCGGCCCCGUCCUCCUCCCCCUCCCCCCGCUAUGUCCACGAGAUCGAGAUCCCUCUGACCGAAAUCUUCGCCCGGGGCAAAGCCGUGGCGCCGGCCCCGACGCCGCCGGCCACUAUGGAUGCCGCCUAUGAGGAAGGCUUGGCCCGCCUGAAGAUCCGCGCCUUCGAGAAGCUGGAGGUGGACAAGCGGCUGGAGAAGCUGACGGAGGAGGUGGAGCAGAAGAUCGCCUCGCAGGUGGGGCGGCUCCAGGUGGAGCUGGACCGCAAGAGCUCAGAGCUGGAGAAGGCCAAGCAGGAGAGCCUGCGGCUCAGCAGAGAGAAGCAGGAGCUGGAGGACCGGGCGUCGGAGCUGUCCCGCCAGGUGGACGUCAGCGUGGAGAUGCUGGCCUCCCUCAAGCAGGACCUGGUGCAGAAGGAGCAGGAGCUGACCCGCAAGCAGCAGGAGGUGCUGCAGAUCGACCAGUUCCUGAAGGAGACAGCUGCCCGCGAGGCCAACGCCAAGGUCCGCCUCCAGCACUUCAUCGAGGAGCUGCUGGACCGGGCAGACAGGGCUGAGAAGCAGCUUCAGAUCAUCAGCAGCAGUUGUGGCACCACCCCAAACGGCAGCCUGGGACGCUGUGGCACACCAGGGCCCAAGGCCAUCGGCCGACCGGUACCUCCACGGGCACAGAGAGACCGGCACCCAGGGCCGGCGCUGGCCAUACAUGGACCUUACUUGGUGUCCAACCAGCGCUCCUCCUCCAGCACCGGGGCAUCAAGCCGGGCGAAAGCCGUGUCGCAGAGCUCAGGCUGCUACGACAGCGACAGCGCAGAGCCGUGUCCCACCGACGACACCACCGAUGGGCAUCCUUACCAGGCACGGGACGGUGCCCGCAGCUCGGGGCUGCGCCGCCAGGCCAUCCAAAACUGGCACCGCCGACCCUACCGCAACAGCACCGAGGGAGAGGAGGGCGACGUCUCCGACGUGGGGUCCCGCACCACCGAGUCAGAGGCGGAGGGCUGGGAGCUGGAGGCGCCUGGAUCUGCUGCGUCCCGGCCCAGCGGCAGCUGCCGGCUGACGGUGGCAACCGACGGUAGGUGCCCCGCAGCCAGGACCGAGGCUGCCGGGGGCAAGGCGUGCCGGCUGGAGAGGGGCAGCCCCGGGCACUCCAGCGAGGUGAUCAGCCCCGAGAUCCUCAAGAUGCGGGCGGCUCUCUUCUGCAUCUUCACCUACCUGGACACCAAGACCCUGCUGCGGGCGGCCGAGGUGUGCAAGGACUGGAAGUUCGUGGCCCGGCACCCGGCCGUGUGGACACGGGUGCUGCUGGAGAACGCCAGGGUGUCCUCCAAGUUCCUGGCUAUGCUGUCUCAGUGGUGCACCCAGAUGCAUUCCCUCACCCUCCAAAACCUCAAGCCACGCCAGCGAGGGAAGAAGGAGAGCAAGGAGGACUACAUGAAGAGCACACGGGGCUGCCUGGAGGCCGGGCUGGAGUCCCUGCUGAAGGCGACGGGCAGCAACCUGCUGAUCCUGCGCAUCUCACACUGCCCCAACGUGCUGACAGACCGCUCCCUCUGGCUGGCCAGCUGCUACUGCCGGGCCCUGCAGGCUGUCACCUACCGGAGCUCUACAGACCCCGUGGGUCAUGAAGUCAUCUGGGCCCUUGGAGCAGGUUGCAGAGACAUCAUCUCCCUCCAGGUUGCACCUCUGCAUCCAUGCCAGCAGCCAACGCGUUUCAGCAACCGCUGCCUCCAGAUGAUCGGCCGCUGCUGGCCGCACCUGCGGGCGCUGGGCGUCGGAGGCGCAGGCUGCGGCGUCCAGGGACUGGCAUCCUUAGCCCGCAACUGCAUGCGGCUUCAGGUCCUGGAGCUGGACCACGUGGCGGAGAUCAACCAGGAGGUCGCAGCAGAGGUGUGCCGAGAAGGGCUGAAGGGGCUGGAGAUGCUGGUGCUGACCUCCACGCCAGUCACCCCCAAAGCCCUGCUGCACUUCAACAGUGUGUGCCGGAACCUGAAGUCCAUCGUGGUGCAGGUGGGCAUUGUGGACUACUUUAAGGAGCCUCACAGCCCUGAAGCCAAGAAGAUGUUUGAAGAAAUGGUGAACAAACUCCAGGCCCUGAGGAAGAGACCCGGCUUCUCCAAGAUACUACACAUCAAGGUGGAGGAAGGCUGCUAGACCUUCAGGGAAGCACAAAGCACAUUCCCUCCUCUGCCCAGCAGAGCCAGAGGCCCCACGGACCCACACCCACCGUCCGCCGCUCAUCCGCUGCCAGGCCGGAGCUGGGUGGUGCCGGCCCACGCACAAACCCCCCCAGACUCUGCAGGCCUUAGUGACUGGGGGCCGGUGCUCGUCCCUGGGGCCAGCUGCUGGGCCAGAAGGUGCUACUUGAGGACAUUUUUUGGCUGCCCAAAGUGGCAGGGCUGUGCUCUUUCCCGGGAGGGAAGAUGGCUUCAGAGACACCCCUCCCCCCGCCGCUGCUUGUUGCCAAGGAUCCGUGCUUGGGGAAUGUCUUUCUCUUCAAACUCUCUCUCUGGGGUUAUUUUGGCCAUUUGGUGAUGUGGGAGAUGAAGAUGGCUCAACCCACCCCCCAUGGGCUCUUUGCAGAGCACUGCACUUGGUGCUGCUUCAUCCCAGGUGGAACAUCUCAAUCCUCUCCAUGGGCUGGUGGAGGUGGGGUGGGAAGGAGCUGUUCCUCCAGAGCAAAUGGUGCCCAGAGCUCCUGCAGGGUUUGUGUUCCUGUUCAUGUCAUUGGUUUAACAGAGGGGCACCCAAAUCUGGGGCCACACUGUCCAGAAACCGGCAGCCCACAACAGCACAAGCCCAGAUGGCAGAGCUGCAUCCAGAGGCUGCAGGAGCCAGAGGACACCAGGAGAGAUGGUUGCUCUUCCAGAGGUUUCCAGCCUCACUUGCUCUCCAACCAAACCUUCCUGCCAAGGCAAUAAACCAUCUCCAAACUCCCCAUCCACCAGGAGACAGGGGUCACACUGCUGUCCCCACCACCAUCCACCACAGGCUCAGGCUUUCUCCAGAGCAAGCUCUCCCAUGCAGAGAGAGGACCUGGCAUGGGACACUCAUGAUUGUCAUCUCAUUGCCAUCCCAGCAGCCUGAAGGAGAAACCCCGGCCAAGCUGUCCUGAGAUCCAAAGCUACUGGUGAAAGCACCAACCCAGCUGCCCUGCUAGAUCUCUUGAUCUGUGGCCACAGCUGGGGUUUUUAAUUCUCCCUUUUUAUUUUUGGCUGUAUUCUGCCUGCAAUGAUGACAUCACCAGAAUACCCUCCCUUUCCCAAAGGAAAUGGCUUUUGAAAGGCAUCUGGCAUGUGUCUCCAUCCUCCAGCCUGAGGAGAAGGUGCCAGGAGGUGCCCACGCCAUGGGGGACAGCCAUCACAGCACUGCCAGCAGCAGGGACACACCAGCCUUAACCACAGCCCUCUGCACCUCGAGCCCCAACCAGGCAUGCUUGGACCCAACGUGCUGAGCUGCAAGGAGCCAAAAGGGGGAAGCAGAUUCUGGGGCUUUGUCCUCUUCCCUGGACCAUCGCUGGAGAUUUGGUGCCUGUUGGCCAGCAUGGCUGCAAGGAGAGAGCCCUCCUGGGGCAUCUCCCCUUCCUCCAGCCCUCCUGUGGGGAUGGGCUGCCACAGAGCAUCCAGCCAGGAGGGAGAAGGCUGCAGACCCCAACAUGCUACCACCUUCCUCAUCUACAGCACAAGAGCACAGACCUCAGCCAGGGGGCUCCCAGCAUGCUGACAGCCCAUGGGGACCUUGAUAGAAAAUCAGAUCAAUUCCAAACCGCUGAAGCUGGUGGUGGGCUGGAGACAGCUCCUUGGGUCUCCAACCCCAGAAACCACCUCAGGAGACCAUUUCACUCACUUCUUCUCCCACCUACACCAUCUCCUCUAAAACAGGGUAAGAUUUUUUGGCCAUAACCCCCCACACUGAAGCACCUCCCUUCCCCCACUGACUGCAGCUUUCCAGGAGAAGGCUGCUCCCUGUAUGCACAAACUGCAGGAGCCCAACAAAACGCCUGCAAGAAACUCCCCUGUCCCACCACGGGCAGGACUGGACGAGCUCCACAGCACCAGGGACAAGCUCCUCGAUGUGGGUUUACCUCCACCCUGGGGGAGGCAUGAGCCAGGGGCAGGAGGAGCAAGAGAUGCCCCCAACCAGCAAAAAAAAAUCCCACCCAGCAACGUUCCAAACCCCCCCUGGGGCCAAACCACAGCCACGAGUGUGGGCCCAGUGGAGAUGUCACCACUCGAAAUGGUGCAGAGACUUGUGAAACUCCCUUAAAAACCAACAAAAAAAGAAACAAAGUAAGUAUUUAUUUCUAUAAAGAAGGAGAAAAGGAAAAAAAAAAA